AUCUUCCAGGUACCAGGGCUGGUAUAUUUAGUUGCCUAGUUGUAGUUCUGUCAAAAAAGAAAAUACGAAUGUCAUAUGUCAUGUCAUUUGUCAUUUUAAAGUUGAAGUUUUCAAACGAUAACGUUUUUCGUUGUUUACUUUUAUAUUUUAUUAGUAUUUUCAGAGAAUUUUAAUACGUCUGCUUAAAGAAAUUACCCGAAGAUGAUUAUUUUAUCAGUUUUUGAGGAUUUAACAUGGAUUUAACCUCAAAUUUUUAUUAGCCGUUUAACAAUUUUUCAUAGAAGCAUUUACUAGGAAAACUCUAGGAAAAUGCAUUCUCCUGAAAACUGGACAGAUGACGAAGAUUUUGUUGAACAUUUUAAAAAAGAACAUAACGAGCAGUUCUAUGUUCUUGUUAAAAUGCAUUUAUCUUUUUUACUUCAUAUGCCUACCGAAGAAUCUGAUGUAAUCAAUGAAAAACAUAAAUUAAAAAAAUGGAAUGUUGUACCGUUUGGAAAGAAAUCUAGAAAUAGAAAUAUAACUGAAGGGACGUUUGUUUCUAACGAUUUGCUUAAUCAAGUUUAUCAAUUAAUACAUUUUAUUAAAGGAGAAGAAAAAUUAAAGACUGUGGGUAUAUUUCGGCGUACUGGUUCAGUUGAACGUCAAAACGAAUUAAAAAAUUUAUUACAGCAAGGAUGCACUAUUAAUUUUGACGAGAAUAAUUAUACAGUUCAUGACUGUGCAUCAGUAUUGAAAGGCCUGUUAGCUGAAUUACCAGAGCCUUUAACAAACGAUACCCAGUUUCCAAUUUAUUGUCAAAUUAUGGAAUCUUAUGAUUUGAGUGAUAUUAUUCACCAAUUUAAAGUACUGCAGUGCUUGCAACUUCUUUUUCUCUUACUGCCUAAAGAACACAAGGAUUUUUUAAGAGAUCUAUUUGGUUUAUUAAAUAAAGUAACUCGAUAUGAGGAUGCUAACAAGAUGUCUGCUGACAAUUUAGCUAAAUUGUUCACACCACACUUAUUAUGUCCUAGAAAAUUAUCACCUGAAAUGUUACUGAAGGAAUCUCAGGCUUUAUUUGGAUUAGUUGCUUUUAUGAUUAAAAGAUAUAAAGAGCUUUUUAAAGUGCCUGGACAAUUAAUGUUAGAUUUUCGAUUGCAUUAUGACCAGAAAAAUGCACUUAAUGAAUCUGUAAAAGGAGCAGCACAUACAGUAUUUACUUUUGUUGAUAAUAAACUGACAGCCAAAGAGAAUGAAGAAAAUGUUACGGAGACUGCUUUAGCUCAACUGUACGCUCAUAUACAAAGUCUACCAGAAAGCUCUAAGAAACGUAAAUUAGUCAAACAAUUUAAUAAAGAAAAUGGACAGGGAACGCCUUUACAAGUUCUUAGAAGUUCAGUUCCAAAAAAUAAAAGUUUUGGAGAUUCAAUUAAAAAGCAUAUGUUUCAUAAAAAGCUGAUAAAAAAUAUGAAAAAAUCCGGAUUUUCGCAGCUUAAAAGUGCAAGCAGUGAAGAAAUUUUGAAUAGCCCCCCUUUACAAAGAAAGGCGUCCAGGGGGCGACUCUUUUGCCAUAAUAACGACAGCAGUUCUGAGACCGAGGACCAUGUGAAACCGAAGCGUCUGAAAGAAUAUCUCGGGGAUUCUGCGGAAAGAACUAGAAGUAAAAGCGAUUCAGAUAUCAGCCUGGGUGACGUUCCUGGGAUCUCUGGUCCAUAUUUAACUAGCACCCCAGCAUGUAGGCCACCCUUACUAAGCUACAGGAAUGAUGUCUUUACGCCGGAAAAUGAAAAUAGAAGGAGUAUGUCGCCCAUAACCAGGUCGGCUCAGAGAAUGCCCAGAGCUAUGCAGGAAACAAUGAUGACUCCUAGAAGUAGAAAACCCGUCCUUUUGGUAUCAGGAACCAAUAUUAAUAACUUGGCCAAGAUGUCUCCAAAUCUACAACCUGAAGUUAUGGAAGGCACUGGAACAAUAUGCAACACCCCUCUUGUCCUAGAAAAGGGGUUAAAACGACCUCUAGAACGAUCAGUUGCAUCAACUUCUUUUGAUGUUACACAAAGCCAAGAUGGAUUUGUUGAUACGAUACCAGACAAUACAAGAAAACAAUUUACCAAAUCUAAAAGUGAUGGCGAUUUGAGCUUGAAUCGCGAAAUUUCCAAAGUGCCAAAGAUGAACAAAACUGACAGUCCCAAGUCUUUAACUACAACUUUUAAAAGGUACCUGACCAGUAGAAAUAUUGAAGCUGAUGACUCGCUGUCGGAUUCGAGCUUCUCGAGUCGUUCAGAUGAUUUCCAGUCUUACACAGAACUGCACACUGAUCCCAGUAAUAGUUAUAAGGAAAAUGUUAGUGCCGUUAAUAGUGGUAAUCAAGAAUAUUACAAUGAAAAUAUUAGUGAUUCUUUAUUGUAUAUUCUUGACGGAAACUAUCCUGAUGAUGUCGGCGAAGGUGGAAAAGAAUUAGUGCUGAAACCGAGACAGUUUGAUAAGGAUGGAAAACCUACUGUAUUUGAGACAUCAUUUUAAAGACAUUGACCAAACUAGUAUGUGAUUUAUAGAAAUAAUAAAUACAUUCUGUUUUUUGGUAAUUUAUUGAAACAAAUAUAUUUUAAUUUUGUGGUGCUGUCAUUGAU